AAGGUAUCACUUGGCGCCUUGCGCUGGCGCUGCGCUCAUUACCGCCAAACGCCAGUCGCCCUCGGUUCCCUCCUGAACCGUCUUGUUACAGUUGUUACCUCACUGACUGUCUCUUGUUUGUUGUGGUUCCUGGGAAAUAGACAGUUGGCAGUCAGAUUGACCGGACUAGCGGCGCCCGCGCAAGUGGAGUAACCGCUCGACACUUGACCUGCGAGAUAAGCGCAUUCUGCUCGCUCCGCUCCACUGAUGCAGAUGUUAGCAGCGACUGUGUGUUUGGCGCUGGCCCUGGCGCUGGGGCGUGCCUGCGAGCUGCGGCCCUCCGGCGGCGUGGCGCAGAAGUCUCCGGGAGACAACUUCUACCGGCUCAUCAUCAACGGCGAGGUGGAGCGCUACGCUCCCGGCAAGCGCUAUAUCGUGACUCUGGUGGGGUCGCGCACCCACGACGUGGUUCAGCAGUUUACCAAGUUCCAGCUCAAGCUGGACCCGCUGGAUCCUGCAGCGCCAAGGUCCCCGGCGCGCCAGGGUCAGUUCCAGCUGUUCGCGGACACGUUGUCGAAGUUCGACGAGGAGUGCGUGAACUCUGUCGUCGAGGCCGACGACCUGCCCAAGACCGAGGUGCAGGUCAUGUGGAAAGCCCCGCCUUCGGGUUCUGGAUGUGUUCUCAUCAAAGCGAUGGUGUACGAGAACUCCAGCCGCUGGUUCGCGGAGGACGGCCAGCUGACGAAAAGAGUUUGCGAGGACACCUCCCUGACGUCUUCAGAUUGCUGCGCCUGCGAUGACGCUAAAUACAAGAUGGUGUUCGAGGGGCUGUGGUCCGCGCAGACGCACCCGAAGGACUUCCCGACGCAGGCGCUGUGGCUCACGCAUUUCUCCGACGUCAUCGGCGCCACGCACCACAAGAACUUCACCUUCUGGGGCGAGGGACAGAUCGCUUCCGAUGGCUUCAGGUCUUUAGCCGAGUGGGGCUCCGUGGGGCUGAUGGAGCGCGAGCUGCGCCAGCAGGGCAAGCAGUUGCGCUCCAUCGUGAAGGCGCAGGGGCUGUGGCACCCGAGGGUCAACUCCAACACGACCGCCAGCUUCGUGGUCGAUAGGAAGCGGAGCUACCUCUCUCUGGCUUCUAUGUUUGGUCCCUCUCCUGACUGGGUGGUGGGAGUGAGCGGUCUGAGCUUGUGCCUGAAAGACUGCACCUGGGAGGAGUCUAAAGUCAUCGACCUUUUUCCGUACGAUGCGGGCACUGAUAACGGCAUAACGUAUAUGUCGCCGAACGCCGAGACCCGUCCCAAAGAGCGCAUGUACCGCAUCACCCCCAUGUACCCCGAGGAUCCGCGCGCGCCGUUCUACAACCCGGGCGGGAGUAUUGCUCCUAUGGCGCGCCUCUACCUCACGAGAGAGAAGCUCAUACCUCGCAGCUGCGACGAGGAGGUGCUGCAGACCCUCGUGGCUGAGGAGGCGGAUGACACGCAGUCCGCUAACAAACCGGAGUGCGCGGUGUCGGAGUGGGGCCCGUGGUCGGCGUGCUCCGUGACCUGCGGCAAAGGCCUACGCAUGCGGACCCGCACCUACCUCAUGCCACAGAAGGCACAGAUGUUCGUCUGCGAGCGCCAGCUGGUGUCCAAGGAGAUGUGCGUGGCCGCGCGCCCCGAGUGCGACGGCGACAAGGAUGUCACAACGGACGAGCUUGACUUGGUCGCUCCAGUGGAAGAACUGGGGGGGAUCUGUCAGACCUCGGAGUGGGGCGUGUGGAGCGAGUGCUCGGUCACUUGCGGAGUCGGGUUCGAGACCCGGCGGAGGCACUUUACCAAUCCUAUGGGGCUUAAGAAGUGCCCGCUUGUUCAAAUAGAGGAGAACCGCAAGUGUAUGCAGCCCGAGUGCACAGAACGCGACACAGAGAUCUCGGACCCCGCGUGUCCAACAACGGAGUGGUCGGGCUGGUCGCCGUGCUCGGCGUCGUGCGGCACCGGUGUGUCGUUCCGGACCCGUCUCUUGCUCGUGCCGGGGGAAAGGCAGAGGGAGUGCGCAGCGAGGGUGGAGCUGAUGAAACAGCGGCGUUGCCAGGAGCGCGAGUCUUGCGCUAUUGAUAUGAUGACUGCUAAACGUAUCUGCAUGGAGCCGCCCGAGGCGGGCCCGUGCCGCGGGGUAUAUCAGCGCUGGGCCUUCGCCGCCCAGAAGGGCAUGUGCAUUCCAUUCACCUACGGUGGCUGCCGCGGCGCCCAAAACAACUUCCUCACGCAGGAGGAGUGCAUCAGCACCUGCUCUGUCAUUACCGGGGCGCUGAACCCGCAGGCCAACCAGCUCGCGAACACCGUUAGCUCCGACCCAUCCCGCGCCACUAACACUCUUGACGGAGCCCCGACCUUACUGGGAUCGUGUGAGUUGAGCCCGUGGAGUGAGUGGAGCCGCUGCAGCGUGUCGUGCGGCGUGGGCUACCAGGAGCGCACGAGGACCGUGCUGAGACAGGCGGCGCCGAGCGCCCCGCCGUGCAACGCGAAGCUGUCGCGCCGCCGUCGCUGCUCCCGGCCAUGCUAGGACUGGGUGCUGGCUUACAGGCUGAGGGUCCGAAGAAAGCCUAUAAUGUAGAUAAUAUUCUAGCGUUUGAAUUACUAUCAUUAUCUUAAAAACAGGAACGGGAAGUGUCCACCACUCGGAUAGAAUUUUGAAGAAAUAUAAAUAUGUACAUAAUAUAUCUGUUCACUAUGCGGUAAAGUUACGCCGGUAUAGUCCAGUAAGGUGAGACACAGACUUUGUCGUGACAAAGCAAAGCAUGUUGUGAUUCCUAGUAGGUAUGCUCUAGAGUUGUGCCCGCUCGGUCUUUAAAAAGAGCGCUCCGAUCUCGGCCAAUCGGUCAAAGGAACUAGUUCGCUCUUUUAGUUCCUUUAGUUCACUUGCAAUAAUGAGGAUGACUAGGUAUGUGUCUUGCUCUCGCUCGGAAAUAAACAGAGCGAGAGCGUGAGCGAGCGACUUUCUUGACCUUGACUCAUUCCGAUCAUUCGCUCCCGACCGAUUUGUUACUAGGUACCGACGUACCGACUGCUGAACUAAAGGACCAAGACCGAUUAAGAGCGCUUAAGAUGAACUAGUUCCUUUCGGUCCGUGGGGGGAUUUCAUUCCUUUUAGUUCUUCGGUCCUGACCGACUCAAGCCUAGUAUGCUCGUAUAACGGAAGUGUUGACUGUUGAUCAAACUUGUCGUCGUUUCUUCAAAAUUCUCUCUGCAAGUUGCUUUUCAAAUAUCGGAAUGAUCACCUUGUUAGCGACACCCAUUAACGUAAGGCGCCGAAGUAAAAUAAUUAAUUAAAAUUUAUUUUUGUACGAAUACGAAAUAAAAAUGUUUUAUAGUAAAUACA